UCCCUUAACCAUCACGUGUUCUUCGUGCCACAGACGCCCAGCCCACAACAGCUAGCGGAAGCACCCCACGUUUGACAGCCACAGCCAACCGGAGCACACACGCCAUUUCUAGUAUAAAUCAAAACCCAUCUCAACACCUCCACCUCACUUCUUCUCCCAAAGCCAUCAAAUUCGUUCCUCCAAGUCUCCAACCAUCCAACACCACCCAGGCAAGAAGAAGUAAUGGCCGCAGCCACGGGGAGCGCCAAGGGCCGCCGGUUCGCGGCAGCAUGCGGCGUGCUCAGCCGAUGCGUCAAGGCGGCGGAGAUCAGGACCACUGCCACGGAAGCGCGGCCCGUGGCGACGACGGCGGCUCUUCCCCUGAUGCCGGGAGCGGACGUGACGGAGCGCCCGGCGGCGGCGGCACACGCGCAGAUGACCAUCUUCUACGGCGGGCGGGUGCUGGUGCUGGACGAGUUCCCGGCCGACAGGGCGGAGGAGCUGCUCCGCGUCGCUGCCGCGGCAGGCGCAGCGCGAGGGAGCGGCGGUGCUGACCUGCCGAUGGCGAGGAAGGCGUCGCUGCAGCGGUUCAUGGAAAAGCGCAAGGGAAGGCGCGCCGUCCCUUACAGCCGGCGCCCUGGCGGGGAAGAGUGCACUAGCGAUCUUCUCACGCUAGCGCUCUGAUUCCAGUUCCUGUUUUCACAUAUAGCGUAGGCAGAUGUUACGAUUGUGUAUUCGCUGGUUGAUAUUGCAAAUACAAGAGAAAGGUUUAAGUAAAUUUCUGAAAAUCACGCUAGUUGCGGCUAGGAUUUCAACGGGUCAUAACUGAGGAACUUUCUUUUUCUGUUGUCCA